AUGAGCAAGCUCAAGUUAGUGCAGCUCGAGGUCCUGAUCUUCAUGGUCGCUGUUACCACUAUAGUGCCGGCAGCUGAUCGGGCCGUCGCUAGCCCCCCACCGGACCCCGUGCAGUGCUCGUCCGGUGGCGGCACGGCUGACUGUACCGUAUCGAGCGCAUACGGCGUGUUCCCGGACCGGUCGACGUGCCGCGCGGCGGCCGUAGUCUACCCUUCCUCCGAGGAGGAGCUGGUGCGCGCGGUGGCAAACGCCACGGCGAGCAAGACCAAGAUGAAGGUGAUCACCAGGUACUCCCACAGCAUGCCGCAGCUCGCCUGCCCCGGUGACGGCGACGGGCAGGGCCUCGCCAUCAGCACCAGGUGGCUCAACCGCGUUGUGGCCGUGGACGCCGCCAGGAUGGAGAUGACGGUGGAGAGCGGCAUCACGCUGCGGGAGCUCAUUGCGGAGGCGGCCAAGGCCGGGCUCGCGCUGCCCUACGCGCCCUACUGGUGGGGGCUCACCGUCGGCGGCAUGCUCGGCACCGGCGCGCACGGCAGCUCGCUCUGGGGGAAAGGCGGCGCCGUGCACGAGUACGUCGUCGGGGUGAGGAUAGUCACGCCCGCGCCGGCCGCCAACGGCUACGCCAAGGUGCGGGUGCUCACGUCCGCCGACCCGGAGAUGGACGCCGCCAAGGUCUCCCUCGGCGUCCUGGGUGUCAUCUCUCAGGUGACUUUGGCACUACAACCUCUGUUCAAGCGCUCGACGACCUUCUCCGAGCGGGACGACGAUGACCUCGCAGAGCAGGUGGCCAAGUUCGGCUACGAGCACGAGUUCGCUGACAUCGCCUGGUACCCAGGUCACGGCCGAGCGGUGUACCGUAUAGAUGACAGGCUGCCGAUGAACGCUUCCGGCAACGGCAUCCUCGACUUCAUUGGCUUCCGAGCCACCUCGACGCUGCUGAUCGGAGCAAACCGGGUGGCGGAGGAGCUCUCCGAGCGGGCGGGCAACGGCAGCAGCAAAUGCCUGACGUCGAGAGUGACCCACGCAGCGCUCACGGCGGCCGGGUACGGCCUGACGCGGAGGAGGGGCUGGCUCUUCACGGGGUACCCGGUGGUCGGGCCACAGGACCAUAUGCAGGCGUCCGGCGGCUGUCUGAUGGGGCCGGAGGACGCGCUCCAGACGUCCUGCCCGUGGGAUCCUCGCGUGAGAAGCUCCAGUUUCUUCCACCAGACCACCUUCAGCCUGCCGGUGAGCCGCGCCAGGGCCUUCAUCCAGGACGUCCAGCGGCUGCGGGACCUGAACCCGAAGUCUCUCUGCGGCGUGGAGCUCUACGACGGGAUCCUCAUGCGCUACGUCAAGUCCUCCACGGCGCACCUCGGGAAGCCGGCGACGCGAGGGGAGUCGGCCGACAUGAUGGACUUCGACAUGACCUACUACAGAAGCCGUGACCCAGGGAGGGCGCGCCUCCACCAGGACGUGAUGGAGGAGAUCGAGCAGAUGGGGAUAUUCAAGUACGGUGGGCUGCCGCACUGGGGGAAGAACCGCAACCUCGCCUUCAUUGGUGUGGCGCGCAAGUACCCGGGGAUGCGCCAGUUCCUGCGUGUCAAGAACGCCUACGACCCGGACGGCCUCUUCUCCAGCGACUGGAGCGACAUGAUGCUCGGCGUUGGUGCCGGAACGCCCACCAAGGACGCGCCCGGGUGCGCGCUAGAAGGAAUGUGCGUGUGCUCGCAGGACGCGCACUGCGCUCCAGAUCAAGGCUACCUCUGCAAGCCCGGAAAGGUCUACACCAGUGCCAGGGUCUGCACCAAAGGAUAGCCCGUCUAAUUUGGAAGAACAGAAACACACCAGCUGCCUAGAACUCCCAAACGCAACCUAGAGUUGAACCAGUUAAGCAAUAGCAUUAUAAUUUACCUGGAGUCAUGUUUAGUUUAAACAAUGAGACUAUGUAUCCUUCAUACAAAUAUAAUACAUUGUG